AAUGACAAUUUUUUCUUUAUAAAGAUAGAACAAAUUAUUACCGCCCUAGAACUUCAAAUCAAAUCUUGCAGAUUCAAAAAAACACGCACAUUUCCAAUCUAGCUAAUGACAAAAAUGGGCAGCAGCACAAGAAACAAGUCCAAAAUUGCAGGCCUUUUUCUGAUAUCCACUCUUCUUCUCAUCAUCACCCCUCUCUUGUCUUAUUCAACACUCUGCCUCUACUUUGUUGUCAACCUCGUCAUCGUUUACCUCGGUGCUGAAGCUGGCCUUCUCUCCUUCCCGGAGCAAAGCCUUCCGCCGCCCCUUGAAAACCCGCCUAUUGCCACCGCCGCCGCCAGAGAUCCCGAUCAAGAAAAGAGAAUCAUUCAUGAAGAGGCCAACAAGAAAGUGGAGGAGAAAUGCCGCCCUUUAACGCCAAGCUUGUUUUUCAUUGGUACUUGUGAUGAUGGUGAUGAUGAUGAUGACGAGGUCGUUGAAAAAGAAGAAGAAGAUGAUGAUGAUGAAGAAGAAGUUAUUAAUGGAGAAGAGUUAUUUCGUAGAGCUGAGACAUUCAUUGGGGAGUUCUAUAAACAGCUGAGGAUGCAGAGAGAAGAUCGAGUCUCUUGGGAAUAAUACACUCACUUCCUCACAAAAUAAGGUUUACAUUUGAAUUUUAACAAUCUUUAAUACGAUACUUUAAUUUAAUAUCUAUAUUUAAAUAUGUGUUUUUCAAUUACACGCCAGCCCUCCAGAUGAGGUCCGUUUGACAGUAAACAUUAAAAGCUAAAUAGAAUACUAGUUCCAUA